AAAAUUGAAGGGUGCCUGCGGGAAAAAUAAAGCAGAACAAGAUUCCAAGAACUUCCGAUUCCCAGAUCCGAGACUCUACCCCCGCUGCGACGCGGAGAGAGAGAGAGAGAGAACGAGAAGAGGGAAGUGGAGAAUAACCCCCCACCCUCUCUCUCUCUCUCUCUCUCUCUUUACGGCGCCCAUCCAUGGCGUUCUCUCGCCCCUCUCUCCUCCCCGAGAUCGGCCCCGAUGGCCUCGCCCGAGACUCCCCCAUCAUCGCCUACACCGAGAAGGUCAUCGAGGAAGAGCAGCUUCAGCUGAAGAAAUAUAUUCAAGAAAACUACUCAAAAAUUCGUGAUGUGGAACGUGAGCUAGAGAAUCUAUCAUUGGAGAUGAAACUAACUGCUGGACCAAAGAAACAAGCACUUGAGCAUCUCAGAAAGAAGAUCGAGUUGGCAACUGAGAGAAUACGCAUGGCUAAGCUAAAGGAAGAGCAAGCAAAAAAGGCGUGGGAAGCUGCAGCACAGGCUGUUAGAGAUGAAGAGGAAGCCAAGAAGAAGCUUUGUGACGAUCUAAAUCAGCUGGUCCAAGAGGGUGCUGCUACUCAAUAUUCGAGAUUAGAGGAGCUAAAGAAACGACUAGAGGCUCUCAAUCCCAGCAGACUCUCUUCUGAUGUUUCUGAUCGGAAGCCCACGGAACAUGCUCAGAGCAACCCAACAGCUACACAACAAACAGAUAUAGCUAUUCAAGCGCCAGAAAAUGUGACUUCUCCCGUGAAUAAUUCUGGAGAGUCAGCUUCCUCCGGCGGAAACACGCAACGAACCACUGAGAUGAAAGAGAAGAAAAGACCCCCCAACCCAGGGAGAGGAAGAGGCUCUCUUGUCCUGCACAAGGGGAGAGGAACUUCUUCUGGAUCUGGAUGGACAGGGGCAGGGUUUGAUGUUGAUGGUGGGACGUGAGAUAAAAUAGUCUUUUCAUCCUUCGCGUUCUCUCUCUCUCUACAGGUUUGGGUAUCCACCUUGAGCAAUCUUCUUUCCCAUAUUAUAGUACAUCAAUAUUGUAGGUUCAAUAUGAUCAUUUGUCAUUUUUCUCUAUUCGUCAAGUUUUUUUUUCUCUGGAGAUCUCGGAUGUCCCAUUUUCUAAAAACGUGAUAUCACUGUUUCAUUGAUUAAUUGAUGUAAAGGAUGAAGGCAAAGAGACGGUAAACUGAUAUGAUACUCUCUGUGAUCUCAAAUUAAAGUGACUUCACUUCAGAACCCUCAACUGCUUCGGGCACCUGAAAUUGAUUUUGAAGGUGUGGCUUAUGUUGCAACUUGUUGCAAGCUGCAGCUGCUUCAAAAGCAGUUUUUGCUGUAGAAAUAUAGGCUUUCCCUGAACACCGAACAAAACAGCUUCGUUUCGAACCCAGAUGGAAUGAAUGACUGUAUGACUAUGCUUCUCUCUCUCUCUCGUAGUACUUGGGUAAUUGAAACAGUAGCUUCCCUUGUGAACGAAUAAUUGUGGUUUUUAUUCAUGUUGUUAUGCAUGUUUCGUUUGUUUUACUUUUUCUCAA